GCCACGAGAAAGUGAAGGCCUUUAUCACGCCUCACCGUGCUCCUUGUUAUCUUUCUUUCAACGCAUCGCUUCUAGGCAUUUAUCUCGCAGACAUCCAUACCAUCUUCAGAUCCCACGCAGUCCACCUCUUAUCGCCCACACACGGCAACGAGAACCGACCGCUGAGACCUUCGGGAAAAUCAUCAUCAUUCAGAAUACUCUCAAAAUGGACUCACCUUCUAGCAAGGAGACCCCCUCCAUUGAUACCAUCACCGACAGCCUGACGCCAUCGACCACAGCAGCCAACCUUCACUCAACCACGUCGAAGCCACAUCCCGAACGCACCUUGUCCUAUACAGAACCGACCACCUGCCCAUCCAUACCAUCAUCAUUUCCACUCGUCACACCAAGCAAAGAUACAGAUAGCACAUCACCCAGCACUGCCUCAGCAACCACCCCGCCGAGCAGCCUACAGGCCACACCAAGUCCUACCGCUCACUUGCCUUCCAUUAUCAAGUCGAGACAGCCCACCACACCCGUCAUUCCCGCCUCAUUUUCCGCAGACACCCAGGGUACCACAAUCUCCAAGCCAAAGAUCAUCAUUCUCCACCACGACACUGUUAUCGAUGGCCGCCGCAUCAUCAUUCGCACAAUCCAGAACUGUUUCGCAGCCAUUCUCGGUCCAAACGCCCCACAACCAAGUGAGACCGCAAUUCUCAACGCUUUUGCUCAUAAUGCUACGCUCGGGGAAGCCCUUGAUCAGCUUGGUGCUUUCAAGACUCCCAGCAAGCCGGACUCCUCUUCUGCUGCUGCAGCAGAAGCAGCCAACUCAGACACCACCAAAUCAAGCUCCAAAGAUAAAGGUAAAGGCAAAGCCAAAGUCAUGGACCCAAGCACACCCACACAAGAGGAACAACAAUACGACUACCAACACGCAAUCGCCCUCUGGACACAGGCCUACCUCCACUACACCCACGAAUUCCUCUCCGAAUUUGACAUUUACCCGGACCUAGAGCCCUUCGCCAAGCAGAUGAAGCAGCAGGACGUUAACGUGGUUAUUCUCAUCGCGCAGGAUGGCUUUGAAUCUUCUUCUUCUUCUUCACCUGAGCAGACCUCAAGCACAGACGGAGACAAAGAUGGGAAGAAGAGCAAAAAGAAGAAGCAGCAGAAGCAGCAGCAGCAGCAGCAGCCUGCAACGCCGGCACCGGGCGUAAAGAUUAUCCAAGAACUGAUGAGACGCAUGGGUGUCACGGCUGCUGGUAAAGGGGCUAGGGGAUAUCAGGGUCAAGGAAGACAGGCGGCAGCAGUAGGUGGAGCGACAGCGGCUGUGGUGGUGGUGGGUGGGAUUUAUGCUUCUGGUAUUGAGGGGGAGGCGGUUGCGAGGGUUUGGAAAGGUGACAUUUUGCCUGGAUUUAUCACGCCUCAGAUCGCCAUCGCCAAGGAGGCAAAUUCGGACGGCGGUGAAGGUAAUGCCAGCAAGGGAACGGACGUGAAAGUAGGUACAGUGGCGGCCGAUUCCCCGGAAAUGCGAAAAGACGAGGUUCUCUUUGCCUGCUGCUCAAAGCAAUACCUUGGCCUGGCAAGGGCUAUUGGAGCAACGGCUUGCUGGGUUACCAGGUGUGAAGACAAGACGGCGGGCGAGCAGCAGCCGGAUAUUGUUGUUGAGGAUUUGGAAAAGUUGGGUCAUCUUGUUGUUGGCGACAUGGUAUCGAAUGGCAAAGGAGAGGAGUCCGUGGUGGAGGCUAGACACAGCAGGCAGCGAGACGAAAGCGGUAUCAUCACCAGCGAGAAGAAGAAACAGACACCAAAGAACAAAACAACGACAAUUACGACGGAGGAUAUCGAUAUGCCUGACGCUGACUGCAACGAUGGUGCCGCAGUGGACCAAAAGAUCGAAGAGACACAGGAUGAUGGCAGUGAGGGACAGAGCGAACGCAAAGUGGCUUCUUCCAAGCCAACGAAAGUCGUCAAGACCGAGCAAGUCGAAGAAAAGAGUGUGGCUACUGUGGCCCAGCAAAAGGAGUCUACAGGCAAGAAGAGAACGAGGGAUGAUGUGGAGGAGUGGCUGCCGGUGGAGAUGGGAGGGGAAGAGGUUCCGGUUGUGGAUCUGACGGAGGAACCUUGACGACUGGCCGGAGGUUGAGAAUCGCUUGCAAACCUCGAAGGACGAUGAAAAGAGGUAGCUAUGGAUAAGACGAACACAAUUGUCGAGGGAAGAAUGUCGGAGGCCCAGUGUCUUUCCAGGGGUUUUGCCAGACACACAGAGUUAUUUCCUCGGGGAGAGAGAUUAAGAAAGGUAAAGGCAAACAUCUCGACAACAAAAGCUCCAACUUACAUGGCCAUGAGGAACUGAUGGACCUCGAGUACCACAUAUUAUGGCCGCCAUUGUGAAGUGGAAAAGAGUUGCGAGGUAGCUGUACGUGGUUCUGUCCUCAUCCACAAAAGGGGACGAUCAUUAAAGACAAAGGGAGCAACCCUACAUGACCUGAAUUUAAACCACAUUGACCC